UUGUGUCCCCCGCCAGCGCUGUGAGGCCUCGCUGGCGGCACGGGCGAUAACGGGGGGGUUUGGAGACGGCCCCGGGACAGCCCCGUGUGCUCAGGGCCCGACUGUUCCGUGUGCCCUCCUGUGUCCGGGCACUCCCAAACACACAGGUCGUAGCUGUCCUUAAUCCUGGAAGCAGCCCCACCGUGCACUUCAGCCACCAUCCAGCCUCUGCCGAGGCCUCUGCAAGUCACCAGCUUGUCUUGUUUUCGAGGGGAGAGCUCUGCGUCCCCUUCCUGCCCGUGCGGGUUUGGCCAUCAGAGAACAGCCACGGCAACAGCCCUGGGGGAGUCCCGGGUCCGGCGGCUCCGCGGGCGAGCGGUGCAGAGCAGGACUUGUCCCGUCCCUGUGGGAUGCGGAGCUGCAGCCGAGCCUCGAGCGGAGCGGGCACAGUUGGGUUCUGAACCAGAGCAGAUUUAGUUCACCCCUGUGAGCUGCUGCAACAGGUUUCCCAAACUGGAGGGAGAAUUCCCCUGGCAUCGGUGACCUACUGAGGCGAUUCCUGAGCACGGGAUGGAGCUGUGGAGCAGGGAGGACCCCCAGCUCCGAGAGGUCGUGUGGUUCGCCGGGCGCUGCCGGGCCCUGGCACUGCUGCUGCAGGCUGUGUUUAACCUGCUGAUCCCGGAUCACUCUGCCGACGCCUUCUCCCCGCCGCGGCUGGGUGCGCCGGGCCCGUGGGACGCGCUGCUGGAGCGGCUGCUGGGCGGGCUGGGCCGCUGGGACGCCGAGCAUUUCCUGUUCAUCGCCGAGCGCGGGUACCUGUUCGAGCACAACUGCGCCUUCCUGCCGCUGUUCCCGCUGAGCCUGCGGGCCCUGGCGUGCCUGUGGCCCCCGCAGCUGCGGCCCCGCAGCCGCCUGCUGCUCUCGGCCGCGCUGCUGAACUCGCUGCUGUCCGUGCUGGCGGCCGCUGCCCUGUACGCGCUGGGCCGGGCGGUGCUGCGGCGGCGCGGCGAGGCCUUCCUGGCGGCCUUGCUCUUCUCCCUCAGCCCUGCCAGCGUGUUCAUGGCAGCUGCCUACUCGGAAAGCAUGUUUGCCUUCCUGGCCUUCAGUGCCAUGUGGCAGCUGGAGAAGGGGCAGAGCUGGCUCAGUGGGCUGCUCUUCUCCCUGGCUUCUGGGGCCCGUGCCAACGGGCUGAUUAACGCUGGCUUCUUCCUCUACUCCCGCAGCAAGGGCUUUGCCCUCCAGCUGCAGGUGGGAUCAGCAUCCGUAAGGAAGCUCCCUCUGGUGUGGAAGCAGGUGCUUAGCCUGGCAUCUUCAGCAGCCCUGAUGUGUGCCGGGAUUUCUCUGCCUUUUGCUUUGUUUCAAUACUAUGCCUACGUGAGGUUCUGCAGCCCUGGCACGGGCCUGGGUCAGACCGUUCCCGAGCCACUGCUGCAGCUGGCACGGGACAAGGGCUACCGUGUGGCAGGCAUGGAUGGGGCUAAACCCCCUUGGUGCUCCCAGCGCUUCCCUGUGGUCUAUUCCUAUAUCCAAGACACUUACUGGAACGUGGGCUUUCUAAGGUACUUUGAGCUCAGACAGCUCCCAAAUUUCUUGCUUGCUCUGCCUGUCACCCUUCUGGGCUCAUGGGCUGCCUGGACCUAUGUCAGCACAAACCCCCGGCACUGCCUGACUCUUGGUCUAGAGAGGAGUAAGAGUGAAGAGAAGGGAAAGCCAAGAGAUGGAUUUUGUGGCCCUGCUGCCUUCGUGUACGUGGUCCAUGCCACGGCUCUGCUGGCAUUUGGAUUCUCUUGCAUGCACGUGCAGGUGCUGACCCGGUUCCUUGGCUCCUCGUCUCCCAUCCUGUACUGGUUCCCUGCUCACCUGCUUCAGGAACACGAACCUUUACUCUGGAGCACAGGGACUGACAAUCCAACCUCUGUGAAGCCUCUUCUCAGAACAUCUCCCGGUUCCUGUGGGAAGGGGACUCCGGACAACCUCGUCGUGAGGCUGCUGCUGAACUGGCGUUUGAUCACGCCCCUCAGCAAGAGCAUCCUGGGAUUCUUCCUGUGCUACUGGCUGCUGGGACUGAUCCUGCACUGCAACUUCUUCCCAUGGACGUAGUGGGCUGUGCUGGCACAGACUGGCCGUGGGACAGGAGCUCUGGUCAGAACUGAAACUAACCUGCUCUAAAAGCCUGACGAGGCUGUGAUGACGCUGUUGUUGCAGUUACAAAGGUGUUACUCCUCCGUUACCAUGUCCCAGACGGGAUGUUCUCCCUGGUGUUAUGCUGCAGCAUCCUGCCCCGCUCUGCUGUCAUUGCUGACAGCCAAAAUUCCCGUCACCUGCCCGGGAUGGGGAAUGCUCCUCGGUUCCUGCAUCUCCUGGGGGAGGCUGUAGCAGGCACUGAUUUAUAGCAGGAUCUGUGUGAGGGAUUUGGGGAUUCCCUGGGAUGUGUUGUGGGCACAGCAGUUGGCCAGGGAGGGUGCAUCUGCCCUGAGCUGCUCAGACUACUCUGAUUCCUUUCCCGUGGUGCCGGCUACGGUUCCAGGCUCCGAGCCAGGCUGGGCAGGGGGCACGGAGGGGGUGGCGGGCGCUGUGUGGGCACAUGCACGACCCCAAUAAACACGUGAAAGUUACCGGA